CGAAAUCAAGUAGUCGACAUGGACACACGUUUGCUGAUUGCACUAUUGCUACUCGCAGUUUGCAGGGGAGAGGAUCGGGAUCAGAACCUUGAUCAGGAUCAGGAAAAGGCGAAGCGAUUUAAGCCCGGGCGCUAUGUUCCCCAGUUGCACGGAGCCACCGGUUGGUAUGUGCCCGAUAAUAGUGGAAAGUACCAACACGAUCCGAGGCCCUAUGACGGCGGCUACGGGGAUCGUGGCGAGCCCUAUGAACUCGAUCUACGUGGCAUUUUCCGCAAGGCCCAGAUGGAACUGGAGGCCAAAGGUGGCCUAACGCUUGGUCCACGGGAUCACCUGCGCUUCAUGAUCGACUUCAAUUUCAACGGCACCGGCUGGCAGAUAAUCCAGUUCCACUGGGUGCGAGAUGGAGACGAAUCGGAUCCAGAUGCCAAGCGGUAUAGCUACUUGAAUGAAAACAAAUUGUGGGAUGCAGAUCAGGCCUAUGAAUAUCAGCAACCCGAUGACGGUCAACCGGAAGCUACAGAGUAUCAGGAGCCACAGGAUCCACAGGUCCAGGAACCAGUCGUGGGUCCAACUGAGCAGCAAGAGAAGCAACAAUCUAACAUCAAUUCAGAACAGGAUCCCGUUAAAAUCCAUGACACCAUCAAUGAGGUCCUGGAGUAUAUACAGCAACGAAUCCUUCCCAAGUUGAGUUAAAUUUGUUUAGUAAAU